AACCCACUAGCUAGUACUACAUUCCUCAACUUUCUUCGACUUCCAGCUUCUGCUCGAUCCCUCUGUCUCGCUUAAUUUUUUCUCUCUUGUUUUUACUGCCCCGGAUCCCGAGAAAGACAAGGAAAGGCCAGACAAAGAAACAUUGUGCGAAACAGACAGCAGAGAAGUAAUUAAGCUUCUGAGUGAGCUCGAAAAUUAACCAUGGCCAAGGACAAUUUACAGGUGCUUAACGCCCUCGAUGUAGCAAAAACACAAUGGUAUCAUUUCACUGCUAUCAUCAUUGCAGGAAUGGGGUUCUUCACCGAUGCAUAUGAUCUAUUCUGCAUAUCUCUUGUCACCAAAUUGCUUGGUCGCAUAUACUACCAUGUUGAUGGUGCGGAAAAGCCUGGCACGUUGCCUCCCAACGUCUCAGCUGCUGUCAAUGGUGUAGCAUUCUGUGGAACUCUCGCCGGCCAGCUCUUCUUUGGGUGGCUUGGAGACAAGAUGGGCAGGAAACGAGUCUACGGCAUGACUCUCAUGCUCAUGGUUAUAGCCUCCGUAGCUUCAGGUCUUUCUUUUGGCCACAAUGCUAAAUCUGUCAUGGCAACACUUUGCUUUUUCCGGUUCUGGCUUGGGUUUGGUAUCGGCGGUGACUACCCACUUUCCGCCACCAUCAUGUCCGAAUAUGCUAAUAAGAAGACUCGUGGUGCUUUCAUUGCCGCAGUCUUCGCCAUGCAGGGAUUUGGAAUCCUAGCAGGCGGUAUAUUUGCAAUCAUUAUUGCAUCAGCGUUUAAGGCUAAGUUUGAUGCUCCAUCUUAUGAGGUUGACGCGCUUCGCUCAACCGUCCCACAAGCAGACUUUGUUUGGAGGAUCAUUCUAAUGGUAGGAGCACUCCCAGCUGCACUGACUUACUACUGGAGGAUGAAGAUGCCUGAAACUGCCCGUUACACUGCCCUUGUUGCCAAGAACGCAAAACAGGCUGCAAACGAUAUGUCAAAAGUUCUUCAGGUUGACAUUGAAGCAGAACCGCAGAAGGUUGAGCAGUUAGCUCAACAACCAGCCAACACUUUUGGUUUGUUCUCUAAACAGUUUCUUCGCCGCCACGGACUUCACUUGCUUGGAACAACAAGCACAUGGUUCUUGCUUGACAUUGCAUUUUACAGUCAGAAUCUAUUUCAAAAGGAUAUCUUCAGUGCAAUUGGAUGGAUUCCUGCAGCAAAGACCAUGAAUGCCAUCGAUGAGGUGUACAGAAUCGCAAGGGCACAAACACUGAUUGCUCUGUGCAGUACUGUUCCAGGCUACUGGUUUACAGUGGCUUUCAUUGACAAGAUAGGAAGAUUUGCUAUCCAAUUGAUGGGUUUCUUCUUCAUGACAGUGUUUAUGUUUGCCCUGGCUAUUCCUUACAACCACUGGACUCACAAGGAUAAUCGCAUUGGGUUUGUGGUGAUGUAUUCCCUCACCUUCUUCUUUGCAAAUUUUGGGCCUAAUGCCACCACAUUUGUCGUGCCGGCGGAGAUCUUCCCAGCUAGGCUCAGGUCUACUUGCCAUGGCAUCUCGGCAGCAUCCGGGAAGCUCGGGGCUAUUGUUGGUGCUUUUGGGUUUUUGUAUUUGGCUCAGAACCAGGACAAGGCCAAGGCAGAUGCAGGGUACCCUGCAGGAAUUGGGGUGAAGAAUUCACUCCUUGUAUUGGGUGGAAUCAACUUCUUGGGAAUAUUGUUUACUUUCUUGGUGCCUGAAUCGAAAGGAAAAUCUUUGGAGGAGAUGUCUAGGGAGAACGAGGACGAAAAUGGAGAAAUGCAGGAGUUGGAUCAAACAUCUUACGAAAACAGGACAGUUCCCCUGUCUUAGAUUGAUUGUGUCAGUGGAAUGUUCUUUAGAAUCAACCUGAGUCAGAGUCCCUCCCCUCUUCUUUAGGGUGAGAGUAGCUCAAGUUUCUCUAAGCAGUUUCUUAGAAUACUACCGCGUAACCCCUUUCUUCAUUCGGCACGAGAAGCUUUUGUGUUGUUCUUUUUUAUCUAGAUCUGUGUACUAGUUCUAUUUUUAGUUUCUGUUCUCUCUUGUAGUAUCUCGGUUCUACAUCAUCGCUUAAUAUUGAGAAACAUGAGAAGAAUAUUUCUCCGCUGUUUCUUGUCAUUCUAUGCUAUGAUGAUCGGGGACCUGUAGCCAUCAAAAUUGAAUAAGAUGUAACCAUUUGGCCAUA